AUGUCAGGAAAUAAUAGUAAUAGUGGUGGUGUUGGUGAUGAUGGUGCCAGAGACCCCCAACGAGAGAGCGAUGAUACUCUUCCUCUUGGAUUUUCUUCGCUCUUUGAUUCCCCAGCAGAAGCAUCAGGUAGAUCAUCGUCACAAUUGGCCCUCCCUAAUGCUUCAGGGGGUUUGAUUCUUAUCUCACGGUACUUGAGAGACGGCAUAGGAACUCGCCAGCACUCUUUUGAUAUCUUCACUGAUUUGGAUAGAGCUACUAAUUCCGAAUCUCUGGUGGAAACUACGAAUGCGAAUCCAUUGACAGGGGUUACUAAUAAUCGCAACCCUCAAGGUGGUAAUGCCAAUGCUAAUGAUCCAGUAACCGUCUCCAUUGACAUGAACCAGUCAUUGGAAAGGGCUCGCCGGCGUAGAGAAAGAGGUAGAAGAAGACGGUUCAUGGAUUACCUUAAUACUGCCUCUACGUCGACAAAUAGAUCUAGAAGCACAGAUGCCGCAACCUCUCUGGAGGCCAUAGAUUCCACAAAUUCAAAUACUGACAACAACAAUGAGACAAAUAAUAAUAGUGAUAAUAAUAAUGAAGAAGAAGAUCCAACUGGAGACAAUUCUUCAAGCCCAUCUCUGACUUUUGGUGCCACUGAAUUGGCCUGGGUGGAUCACAGUAUUGAAGGUAGCAGAAGAAGGUUACCUGGGACCCCAGUAUUAUUUACCGAAGCCAUCAUAUUUAGUCAUAAUUGCCAUCACGAUAAGUCAUUGACAGUUAAAAGAUUCAAAGAAUUAGGUACGAUAGAAUUUAAGGAAGAACUAGAAUGUAUUGAUAAUUGUUGUGGUAUUUGUUAUGACGAAUUCAUGUUUAAUAGUGGUUGUCAAGAUUCAGAAAAUCCUAACAAAGGCAAAAAAAGAGCGGCCGAUGGUGAUGAUAAGGAGUCAAUUGAAGAUGAGCAAAGACAGAAGAAAAAAAGAAAAAUAAUAUCGACCAAUGAAGAGGAAUCUUUAAAUGUCAAUACCGAUCCUUCGACUGUCAAUGUCGAUUCCCUGGCGAUUGAAGCUUCAGAAACUUCAACUGCUCAGCACGUUUCUCCUCAAGAUAUCUUUAACCCAGCUUUAACGGAACCUUCUCAUGAAGAAGAUAAUGAUGAUAAUAUUAAUUCUGGAGAUUCAGUAGAUCUUUCUUCUCCAGAGGCCCGCAAAGAACUCAUUGAAUCCCUUAAAAAUUCUCAUGGGGCAACGCAACUUCCUUGUGGCCAUGCCUUUGGAACAUCGUGUAUUGUUGAAUGGUUCCAGAACAGUAACACUUGCCCAUACUGUCGUGAGAAGAUCGAGGAUCCCUACAAGAAGAACCGGAAGAAAGUGAUUAUUAAACACAUUAUGCAGAGUGGUGCCAGAAAUGGAACAUUUGGUGGAGCAUCAUUUAUCAGAGAUUUGUUGGUACGGUUUGCGAGAAGUCAAGCGGAUCGGACUCAAAAUGGUAAUGAAAAUGAAGUUUGA